AGAAAACGGAAAGAGUCAGUAGUAUACCAUGUAUUCCCGUACAAAUAUCCGAUCAUCAUGGCUGCCGCCGAGUUGGAGAAAGCCCUUGCACUUAAAUUAACGAAUAAGGCUGGAGCAAUUGACAUUUUGUCUGGAAUAGUAAAGAGAGAAAGCGGAGACAAGGGUGAAGAAUGGGUAAAGGUGAAGGAACAGGCUGUUCUGGAGCUUGGUGCUCUCUUUGCAGGAACAAAACAGGCCACAGAGUUAGCCGGCCUGAUUAAGUUCACGCGACCAUUCCUGGGUAUGGUGAGCAAAGCAAAGGCAGCGAAGUUGGUGCGAGCUCUUGUUGACCUGUUUUUGGACAUGGAAGCAGGGACCGGUAAAGAGGUUGAACUCUGUCAGGAAUGCAUUGACUGGGCCAAAGAUGAAAAGAGGACAUUCCUUAGACAAGCCCUAGAGGCUCGGCUCAUUGCUCUCUACUUUGAUACCAAGAGCUAUCAGGGAACGCUGGCGCUAGCAUCAAGCUUGCUGAAGGAGCUGAAGAAGCUGGAUGACAAGGCUCUGCUGGUGGAGGUGCAGCUCCUAGAGAGCAAGAUCUACCACGCACUCUCCAACCUGCCAAAAGCCAGAGCUGCACUGACAUCUGGUAGAACGACAGCCAAUGGCAUUUAUUGCCCACCCAAACUACAAGCUGCCCUUGACCAGCAAUCAGGUAUACUUCAUGCAGCUGACGAGAGAGACUUCAAGACAGCUUACUCUUAUUUCUACGAAGCAUUCGAAGGCUACGAUUCGGUUGACAGCCCCAAAGCUAUCACAGCACUUAAAUAUAUGUUACUGUGCAAAAUCAUGCUGAAUCUUGCCGAUGAGGUACACGCCAUCGUAAGCGGCAAGCUGGCUCUCAAGUACACAGGCCAAGAGGUGGACGCCAUGAAGAGUAUAGCCCAGGCUAGCCACAAGCGAUCGCUGGCAGACUUCCAGAAGACUCUGGCAACAUAUAAGGUCCAGUUAGAAGAUGACCCCAUCGUGAAUGCUCAUCUGAAGACACUUUAUGACAACUUACUGGAACAGAAUCUGUGUAGAAUCAUCGAGCCUUUCUCUCGAGUUCAAGUACAGCACAUAGCUGGCCUUAUCAAGUUACCUGUGGCAGUAGUAGAAAAGAAAUUAUCCCAGAUGAUUUUAGACAGAAAGUUCCAUGGUAUUCUGGACCAAGGAGCCGGAGUGCUGAUUGUGUUUGAUGAAACCCCAGUUGACAAGACAUACGAGAGCUCUCUCGAAACAAUACAGAGCAUGGGCAAGGUUGUUGAUGCUCUGUACAACAAAGCUAAAAAACUCACUUAGGCUCAUCUUCAUCAAGACUUGAUCUACUUGAAGGAUAUUCCCUCUCCAAUGACCAACAACACCACUUAUCCUUUCAAAAAUGACAAUUUUGUUUGAAUAUUUUGUAAUAUUUCAUUGUCCAAAAUAUCAAAAUGCUGUCAGUUUAAACACUAUUGUUUUAGUUAUUUUGAUGAUACUUUGAAAGGAUUUCUGGCAUCUGAAGAGGAAUGAGUUCUGGUGUACAAUGGAAGACUGCAUGUGAACAGAGAACAUCGGACAGGAAAUACUUGAGUAUUUAUAUGUGCAUUCAUUCAUAUUGAACUUGUUAUCAUCUGAAUAAAUUACAUGUUUCGUAAA